GCUUCAAUAAAGAACAACGCUUAAAUAGUGCAUACGGGCUCGAUCAUUUCGGUGGCUGUUCUAUAUUGCAGGGGCCUCUGUUAGGUACGUCAGUGUGCGUUGACUGUCUCGCUACCGAAUCUUGAACAUUUGAACUAGUUCACCUCCAAAACCAAACACAACUCGACAAAGGAGUCAGAUGUGAUCGUUCUUAGGCAUCGCGCUUUGUAAUCGCAACGAAAUACCUCUUUACCACCCACCACCUUGUCGGUGGUAUCAACUUUAGUCAGGACUACAGCGUAUGCCGUAUCGCAGUACGCAACCGUCCAACAUAUCCACCACACGUCAAUCAAGAGAAGUAACCAACUUACUACAUACUUUAAGGGGCGAGCACUUCAGACAUGCUCAGAACAUCCUCGACCGCGGUUCGCCAUCUCGCACCAGUAGAACCAUCUCUCAGCAUGCGACUAUCAAGCAUUCGCUUCCCAUUUCGCAGAUAUUUGGCUCCAUAGCGGAAAUUCCAUCUAUCUCAUCUGGUGAAGGUAGUCGGCACCCAUCUGAGGAGCCCGUUACUCGCACGCCUUCACGAGGUGAGACCUCGACAGACAUUCAGUUUGAGGAGAGGGGAACUCCCGCCUGGAGAGAAAGGGUACUGUCGUUAUUGUUUGCACAGGUACCUCUUCGUGAGGUUGAACCCUACGACGAGUCUGAUGUUUCCAAUGAGCAUCAUGACUACGAGGACGCUACAUUUGGCUCGUCACACAAACGCAUCCCACCUCUGAUAGAACUGUGCUUGCAGGUUUUGCUGGACUACUGCCGUGGUCGUCAUUUCUCAGAAAUCCUAGUUCCAUGUCUUCCCCCUCAUCUUCGACAUGUACUCUUACGCUGGACGGCCGUCCACUCUCCCCUCCCCAGUUCAAAACUGUUCGCUCUAUGCGAACCCGAUGGUCACGUCAACGGCGAGCUUAUCGUAGUUGGGCCACAAGCAGCAUUGCCUGCAGACUACUUCGCUUCCGCUGAUGAAUCAGAACGGACAAAGCGGGAUGUCAUUGACGACGAAGAUAUUGAGCGACCAUCAGAUGAAGAGUCUUGGGAGUCAUCAGGGUCAUCUGAGGAACAAUCACAACCUUUGAACACACUUGCCCUAGUGACGACCCCUUUACCCGCGACUACGCUCUUCUCUUUACCUCCGACACUCACCCAUCUGGCUCUUCUUGGGCUCCCAUCACCGACACCCAUCCACCGAUUACCUCGAGUGUGUCCUCUCCUAGAGGUACUCGACCUGUCAUACAAUCUAUGGUUGAGUUAUGUGCAGGUCGUCAGUUCGGAAGAGUCUGGAAGAUUUGUUUCGGUGCAGGGAUCAGGAAGGGGAGGUGAAAGGAUGAUUGAAAGGGUGGAGUGGUCUCGCUGGACGCGACUCAAGGUACUUGGGCUCAGAGAGUGUGGUAUUGGAGAAAAUAUCGUGUCGAAGGUCAAUAAGGGUAGAUGGACAGAUGUAGAAGUAAUUGGCGUGGAUGAAGGCAUUCUACGCUGAUGGUCAUGAUCUUGGGGAUAUCAGAAGACUAGUCAGGGCAUGUAAUUCGUAUAGCGAACUUACAAGUGGAAUUUGUAGCUUUAUCAUAAAUGUAUAUUUCGUUACUAAUAAUAUGCAAUGAUGUUAAGUAGAGAC